AUGGAAAAAUAUUCAUCUAGUCUCGUUUCAAUUCAGAAAGGAGAUAAGUUUAGUCUCAAUCAAUUUUCAAAGAAUGACUUGGAACGAAAACAAAUAAAAGAUAUUCCUUAUGCAUCAAUAGUUGGGAGUCUUAUGUAUGCCCAAACAUGUACAAGGCCAGACAUCAGUUUUGCUGUUGAUUCAGAUUAUGCUGGUUGUGUGGAUACAAGAAAUUUCACAUUUGGAUAUUUGUUUCUGUUAACUAGAGGAGCAAUAUCAUGGAGGAGUGUGAAGCAGUCUGUUAUAGCUGCAUCCACUAUGGAAGCUGAGUAUGUGGCAUGCUUUGAGGCCACAGUCCAGGCUAAUUGGCUGCGAAACUUUAUUUCAGGACUUGGACUAGUCGAUAAUAGAGCCAGGACACUGAAAAUUUAUUGUGAUAAUACUGCCGCA